AUGGUGUCCACAUUUUUCCGUUGGGUGAUGCUUGUGAUGUUCAUUGCGUUCACCAUUGGUGGAAAUGUGCUGGUGUGUUUAGCGGUGGGCACGAGUCGCCGUCUUCACCGCACCAGCAGCUGCUUCGUGGUGGCUCUGGCUGUAACAGAUCUGCUUCUCGGCCUGCUCGUGCUGCCUCUCAGCGCCACCUUAGAGCUGCGUGGUGGUCAUUGGCCAUUAGGGGGCACCAUUUGCAACAUUUAUCUCUCUACAGAUGUGACACUGGCCACCGCGUCUAUCUUCACAUUGCUCGCUAUCAGCGUGGAUCGUUACUUGGCCAUAUCAGUGCCACUCAGCUACACCACAAGGCUUACUCGAGCACGAGCUGCUGCAGCAAUUGUGCUUAUUUGGAUCUUUUCACUCACAGUGGCCUUCGCUCCCAUCCACAUGGGCUGGAACACAGCAGAUUUCCACGUGCAGAACCAUGACUGGAGGAUGGGGGAUGAAGGGCAUGUGGGACGGACUUGCCGUUAUGAGUGGAACAAUAAUUAUGUGCUGCUUGGUGUCUUCUGCAUCUUCUUCUUCCCUCUGCUGGUCAUGUGUUGGAUGUACCAUCGCAUCUUCUGCAUGGCGCGUGAACAGGUGCGUCGUAUCCGUGCUGCGACUCCAUCCUUCAAUCGUACUUCAGCAUCACUGAGAGGAGCCACACUGAGAGAACACAAAGCCACCAUAACUCUGGCCACCGUGCUUGGAGUCUUCAUCAUCUGCUGGCUGCCAUACAUUGUGUUCUUCACCUGCAUGGGCCUGAGGCGUGAGACUCAGCCACCCCAACUCGUACACUCCGUGGUGCUCUGGCUGGGUUACUUCAACUCGGCCCUGAACCCCAUCCUGUACCCCGCCCUCAACCGAGACUUCAGACACGCCUAUGGGCAUCUGCUACACUGCAGGAACCCACGCAAGAGCAUUUCCACCACUAUAACAACCUCGGGAAAAGACAGAAGCAUAAUUUCUCAUGCAUCUCAGAGUGCAAACGAAUGCAGCAAGUCAUUGCAUCUCAACCAGGAAGACUUUAAAGAUGAUGCAAGUCCAGAACAUGCCAGCUAA